AUGCUUACUACCUUCGAAUUUUGGGGACCAGAAUCCAACCAGCAACUUUAUUAUAUGGAUUCGAUCAGCUCUUUCGGUGAGGAUCUUCCAGGUCAAAUUACUACACCAACAUGCAUCGCUCCUGGUUGGCUUCAUGUUCUAUCCAUGACAGUAGUGGAGUAUAAGUCAACCACUUACCAAUGGAUUCACCAGGAUGAUCCAAUCCAGGAAUUUGUUCUUGAUGCAGACGUCGGGGAAGGAUCUCUUAUGAGUCCCCUGGAUCAUAAGGACAUAACGCCCUGCGACUGGAAACGUUUGGGAUUCAACAGUUCUCACUUAUCGCUAUCCCCGAAUAAACAGGAACUUGUCCUAGAAGCCCCUUUGGUCACAUCCGGACACCGCGAAGAGACCGAUGUUUGUCUUCAAAGACUCGCUUCUAACGCUACUCCUGAUGGUACGAAAAAGAGGUCGACCGUGGAAGAAGGCGAACAAACCGGAGAUUUAAAAAGGCGUAGGCUCGAUUCGACAUACUCCAAGCAAGAAGACGUCAAGCUCCCCUCUAGUUCGAACUCUCAAAGCGGACAUAAGGAUGACUGCAGAAAGAGCGUGGUUAAUGAUAGUUCAUCGCCUUCACGACUCGAAGUGGAUGGGAAAGAUAAGGAGAGAAAGACUCUUGAGCAGGGAAAUGCUGUCUAUGCUAUACAUGAAGUGCGCAAUAGGAGUCCUACGGGCUUGGAGACAGCCGAUGAUGUACUCGGUUCGAAGAAGGAUAGAAUAUUAGCAACGGAACUUGGCUUUUUUUGA